AUGGAGGUCAACAACAAUGGGUACCUGACAUUUGAUCAGUCUUGGAAAAACUAUACACCCAUACAGUUCAAUGUUUAUAGUGGAAGAGAUAUCAUCGCUCCACUCUGGACUGACAUUGAUAACCGUGCAAAUGGUGUGAUCUCAUAUAAUCAGUACAGUAACGGCAGCGUACUCUCACAGGCCACACGGGACAUAAACCAGUACUUUCCAGGAGUGAACUUCAAUGCCUCUUGGGUCUUUGUUGCAACAUGGGACAGAGUUGCAUACUUCAACUACUCAGGCACGGCGGGAUAUGCCACAGACGGCACAGACUGGUUUACGAUUCUGUGGUCAAACGUCAGUGACCACGUCAACUUUUCAAAUCUCAGUAACAUGAGCAAUGUGAACGUCUCGGGGCGCUGGGCCUUCGGGGUAAACGGACGACCCAGGGACAGCACUACAAAAGAUAUCACCACACUAACCCCAAGCAACUUCUCAACAACCGGAGCCAACCCAGAAACAAAUAUAACAACAGACUCCAGCUUUGACCCAUGCUAUAACUAUACUGCCCUGGACAACUACUGGAGAAAUACACGCACAAACUACAGAGGACAUGAUGACACCCUUGUAGAAUGGAAAGGCUGGUAUCGACUGUAUCUUCAAGGAAAAAGUGCUCAAAUGUCUGAGUGGUGUGUGGGUUAUAUGACAUGUGGUGGUUUUACUCCACUGCUGCUCAGAGGUUCACAUCCACAGAUCGGUGAUGGAAUUGUCACUCGUGAAAUCAUUGGGUCUCGUGACUUAACAUGCAGUUACUACAAAUCCAACCCAGUUCAAGUCAAGGCUUGCCCAGGAAAUUAUUAUGUCUAUAAACUUGUUAAGCCGGAUGUAUCAAUCCCUGUUCCUUCCUACUGUGCAGUGUCUUUUAGCAACUCCAGCGUAGACCCCUGCUACAGCUAUACUGCCCUGAAUGAAGCUUGGAGAAGCAGCACUGACUCCACCACAACUUCACAAUGUGAUAUGUAUGUGAACUGGGUGGGCUGGUAUCGGCUGUUCUAUCAGGGGCAAAGUACCAAAAUGCCAGAAACAUGUGUCAGUCCAAACAAGUGUGGCACUAACAUCGCACUUUGGCUCAAUGGCUCUCACCCACGUGUGGAAGAUGGAGUGGUGGUCCGGCAAAUCUGUGGAAACAGUGGCAGUGAUUGCUGCUUUCACAAAUUCUUCCCAAUUCAAGUGAAAGCCUGCCCGGGAAACUACUACGUGUACGAGUUUGUCAAACCGAAUAUCUGCAAUGCAGCAUAUUGUUUAGUUCCUUAUAGGCUAUUUCCCAUUCUACCUGGUACCAUUCAGCAAGCAGUUACUGUUGAUGGAGGUUCUACGCUGAUCCAGCUGGACUAUCCAUUCUUCUACUUUGGAAAACCACACUCCCAGUUAUAUCUCAGUAUGAAUGGUUUCCUGUCUUUUGAGCCCCUCUUCCCUGUCGGCUAUGACCCGUCUCUAAACAAAGACAUCAUCGCUCCACUGUGGACUAAAAUCCACAUUUACACCAGAGGAAACAUCUCCUACAGCCAAGCCACAAGUGGCCCUCUUGUAAAACUAGCUGCUAAUGAAAUUUCCCAAGUAUUGCCUGGCUACUAUAUCUCUGUUUCCUGGGUCUUUAUCAGCACCUGGGAGAAAGUGGAAUUUGAACCGGAUGUAGGGGUAGGUGUUUCUCCUGAUAAUUAA